CACACAUUCAUUGGAUUGGAACCAUAACCUAAAAGUAAAUUUUGAAAGUAAAUAAACCCAAAAAUGACUGAUUUAAGAACCCAAAUGCGUUAUUUAAACGCCUACGACAUCCAUAAACUGCUAGUGAACGAAUAUGUGUUAAAACGCCCAGGUGACACCAAAUUAUUGCAAAGGGAUAAAACCAAAGAUCGCACCGAUUAUCAUGUUUUAAAAGACAACCAUAAGUUCUUAUGGGGCGACAAGGAACCUCAGACCUGGGAGGAACAAUUCGCCAAAAAGUAUUACGAGAAACUAUUCAAAGAAUAUUGUAUUGCUGACUUGAGCAGGUAUAAAGAGAACAAGGUGGCUCUCAGGUGGAGAAUAGAACGGGAAGUGGUGAGUGGCAAAGGCCAGUUUAUAUGUGGAAAUAAAAUAUGUGAAGAGAAAGAUGACUUGAGGAGCUGGGAAGUUAAUUUUGGUUAUGUAGAACAAGGCGAGAAGAAGAAUGCUCUGGUUAAAAUAAGGCUAUGCCCCAGUUGUUCGAAGAAGCUUAAUUAUCAUAGUAAAAAGAGGGAAGUUAAAAGACUUAAAAAGAAAACUAGAAUUAAGGAAAAAGAUUCUUCUGGAAAGCUUAUUGAUACAGGCCACACUAUAGUUACAAGUGAAGUUUCUAAGGAAGUGGAUGAACCUUCUAGUUCAUCAUCAAUGGUUCCCGAGGAGUCACCCUGGGAUGCACAUAAGCCAGAAGAAGUCAGGACCCGAGAAGAAGAAAUGGAAGACUAUCUUCAAGACUUGUUAAUGUAAUAACAAGGAUUUAAUGACUUAAAAUUAGUUGAAAAAAACUUCAAUUAAAUGGAAAGUGUAAUUUGGAUUAAAAGAAGACUAAGGACAGUUGAAGCCCUAUUGAAAAUAGAAAAGAUCAUUACUUUUAAAACCUACUUGAAAAAUAAUUUCAUUUUUAAAAAGAAAGAGUAAUAAAAAUAUAGGGCAAGCACAUCAACCCGAGAGAAAGAAAUAUAGUUAUGUAGAAAUAUCUUCAAGACUUGUUUAUAAAAUAAAUAAAGCUUCUUUAAGAUACGAAA